AUGUCACCAGCGAACGUGACAAACCGAUCGUCUUCGCGUCGCCGACGAGAGGCAGGACGCCGAGAAGACGUUGACGAUGACCGGCAUACCGAUGCUGCUGGUCAUGGAUCGACAACUGACCAGCAUACCGAUGCUGCUGGUCAGCCCGAACCGAACCCGAUGCCGAGGCGUCGUGAAUCACUGACCUUCACAGGACCGGACGCAGCGAGCCAGACUGUAGAGACAGUUAGCGAGCUGCUCGUGUGGAUCCAGAAUGAUCCUGAAGCGGCCUGGAGGAUGAUGGCGUCCAAGUGGAACGCCCUUGAACAGUCGCAGGCCACCCUCAAGGAGGUGGAGUUGGAGCUACGACUGAUGCGUGCUAAUUAUGCGGUCCUCCAAGAGGAACUGCAGAAGACACAGGAUGGAUGUUGUGGUGGUAACCACUCGGCUGACUUGGUCGAUGACCUUGAGGAGGAGUAUCGGAACAUAAAACAACAGCUUGAGUCGGUUGAGAAGGAGCGCGAUACUCUCGCGGCUGCUUUUCGUCUUCUAGUCCCAACUAAGCCUGUGGAACAUGUGGUUCCGACAACUGAGUGUGUUUCCUCUACUUCUGUGCCUCCCUCUCCAUCACCUAUGGGCCCAAUACGAUCGAAGACAGCGUCAUCUGAGCCUGGUUCGUGGCAUACCAAGAAGGUCGCUGAUCCUGCGAUGCUGUCGGACGGAAAGGAAGUCCGCUUCGAGGACUGGGAGGACGGGAUCCUGGACAAGUUGGAGUUAAAUGCUGAUCAUUAUCCAACUGAACGCCACCGAAUGGCAUAUCUAAGAGGUCGUUGUGAGGGGAAGGCCUUGCAACACAUCAACCCUCGGAUGAACCGCACAUCCGCGACCGCUUACCAGAAUGUCCGCCAGGUCCUAGACCACCUACGGGGUGUCUUCUUGGACCCGAACCGGGCACAGCUGGCUGCAUCGGAGUACGAGAUUCUCAGGAUGGCGCCAGCGGACGAUUUCAAAGACUUCCUAGCCUUGUUUUCCCGGCUUGCGGAGGAGGCGCGUCGCCCAGAGGAGGUACGAAGGCGUGAUCUGUACUCUAAACUCCCGACCAAGAUCCAGAACCAGGUUAUGAUGUUGCUUGGCCGCGAUGGCUCGAUGGAUGACUUCGUACGGGAGUGCCAGCUUGCGGCGAGUUUUGUCUCCCAGCAACAGAAGUUCCAGAAGAUUCGUGAGAAGGACACUAAACCUUCCUCCUCUCCCGCGACGUCGACAGUAGCAGGGACAGCCUCAACAGCCGAUGUGGAUAAGACGAAGGCUAAGGAUGAGCGGAGCCGGCUUAUGAAGCUAGGGUUAUGCUUUAUCUGCAAGCUGCCGGACCAUAUUAGUAGAAACUGCCCUACUAAGGUCACUGUGAAGACUGUGGCGGUGGACACUCCGGUGGACACUCCGAUGGACAAUAAGGAUAUGGGAAAAGACUACGCCUAA